AAGAUUUGCAGUAUGCCGUGGAGCUUCAGUCAGUGUGUGGCGUUUCAGGUGUCGGCCAUUCAAGCUCGCCCACCUCUAUCUUCUAGGUCGUUUGGUUGGUUGAUGGGCAUGCUGCCUACAUGCGAUGCUACACGGGAAGUGCAAGUUCAAUGCUGUGUGGCCGAUAGCAGCGAUGGUGGUGCUCCUGAAAGCAUGCUAAAUGAAGAAAUUAAUGACAUACAGUCGCAUUUUCCAGCAGGUGUUGUUCCUGUUGGAGUAUAUACUACAGAACGAUCUACAGAUAGCAGCAAUGUUAGGGCAAGGGCCAAUUUCCUUCAGCAGCUCACAGAUUCCCAUCCCGUGCUUAUUCUUCAAUUACAAGAGGACGGCAUCGUCAACAUGCACAGCUGUAGCAACGAUGCAAUCUCAUUUGUACAAACUACAAACAUAGCUACUUUACCUCGACUCGGCAAUCAGUUUGAGCUGGUAGCAUUUAAAGUAACUGCUUCCCUUGAGAUGAGAAUGAGCACAACACCCGGCACUUUGCAUCUAUUGAAAGCCGAAAUGGCUAGAAUAGAAGGUCUAAUCAAUGGAAAAAGUUCUAUUUUUGCCGUGCAAGGCAGCAGGAUAUUUAUUCAAGACGACGGUCUCGUAGGUGCUCCAGGGGCAUUAACAUGUCAAAACCUGAUGAAACGUUUGUAUUCCGGUGAAGGCAGAGAGAAGUCAAGCAAGCAAGACAUCAGAAUUAAUGUCAGUGAUUUUAUUGAAGUGAGCUGGAUGACUAGUUUGUCGUGCACGUCUAAACCAACGUGUCCUGUUAUCUCUUUACGUGAAGAGUCCAAUUCUUGGUUAACUAUGAAAAUUCCUGUACAUUCUAUUGCAUUGGCAUCGGCCGAGACUAAAUUGGCUAGUUUGAUGGACUUGUUCAGACAAGCAUUAUGCAGAGCUUUAAAUGGUGUUGUGGUACAGGCUGCGUAUUCACUGAAGGCAAACAAUCCAGCCGUUCCUGCUGUUUAUCAAUUUAAGCCACCUCUAUUUCCAUUUCCCAUCAUGAUAUCAUAUCCUGCAACACGUAUCUCUGGAGAAGUCGUGACUGACAACAGUUUGGAGGAGAUGCGUAGGAAGCUGCAUGAGAAGUUUUUGUUGUCUAUCGAUCGACCGUUAAUAAGACCUGCAAAUGCUAUUACUUGCCAAGGAAAGGACAGAGGACCAUAUUUGCUUGACGUUCAUGAAGGUUUGCCAUUUCCAGGAGGUGUCACCGAAAAUUCAAGUCUUGUCUAUGGUCACUACUCGUAUCAUCAUUACCUUCACGACAAGAUAAAUGACGAUGGAUGGGGAUGCGCGUAUCGUUCUCUACAGACGAUCUGGUCUUGGUUCAGAUAUCAAGGUUACACCAGUCUACCCAUUCCAAAUCAUAGACAGAUACAAGAGACUCUUGUCUCGAUUGGCGACAAACCUGCCAAGUUUGCUGGAUCAAGACAGUGGAUCGGCUCAUCAGAAGUCGGAAUGUGUUUGAACACAUUGUUGGGGGUCACAUACAAGAUCAUGUUCGUCAGCAGUGGGUCUGAGCUCGAAGACAAAGGCAGAGAACUUGCCAUACAUUUUCAAACAGAAGGAACACCGAUCAUGAUUGGAGGAGGCGUACUCGCUCACACCAUUAUAGGAGUUGAUUUCAACGAGAGAACCGGUCAAGUAAAGUUUCUCAUUCUUGACCCUCAUUAUGUUGGACCCGACAAUCUGAGAACAAUACAAAAGGAUGGCUGGUGUAGCUGGAAAGGACCGACAUUCUGGGAUAAGAAGGCUCACUACAACCUCUGCCUUCCUCAACGACCACGAGAAAUUUAACGAGUCAUACAAGACAAGCUCACAUUGAGUUCACGAAAUCAAGUAGUUAACGAACUUAUGUACAAUUAUAAUGUAUAUCUCCAGUACCAUGAAAUGCUUGCCUUAUAAAAUGUUCAUUAGUUAAUUAAUUAUGUCUAAAAUAUUGAGGUCUUACAAAAUGAA